CUUCAUAUACAAAAUAAUUUCAGCUUAGACCGAACAGAUAAAAACAGACAAAAGAAUAAAAAAAUCAUCAAUGAAAAAAUAGCUUGAUGUUCAUUGAUAUGAAUACUUGAAUGAAUGCGCUUGACAGAGUAGCGCUACGGCAGUCCAGUGGGCUCAAACCUCCCCCUGCAACAAAACCACAGCACGCGCUCUUCCGCGCUGUCAGUGCGCGCGCGGAUCAUAGCACAACUUAACCCCGUACAGGACGAAUCUGAUAAAGCCUGACUGAGAUCUGAAACACAUUUGAGUCUUGCAGAGUCUGUCUGUAUUUGGAUGAAUCGCAGCAUUAUUUUAUAAUCUCGAGUUCAUCGCGAGGAGCAGGAAUGUCCCGCAGGAAACAGAGCAAUCCCAAGCAAUUUAAACGGGUGUUAGAAAAUGGUCUUGAGACAGUCUCUGAGGAGAUAUUGUGUGAGAAGAGAGAGAUACUGACAGAAAAUGACAGGUCUGUUGAGGAGGAUUCACUGUUCCCCACUGAACCUGGGAGCAUCAACUGUAAAGAUGGAGAUCACUUGAUGAACGGUAAAAGGGGCAAAAAUGUAAAGACUGAACAACAAGACAGUGAUGGUCAGGAAGAGAAAGCCCCGCCCAGCAUGCUGACACCACCAGAGUGGGGCGGUCCAAGGGAGCUGAAAAUGGUGGACGAAGAAGGAGAGAAAAGGAUUCGUUCUUGUCAGGCACUUUCACUGGGCACCACAUGGGGACCUUUCACUGGGAAGAUUAAGAUGACCACUGGAGAAAAUGACAUGGUUUCAUCAGUGCUCAGAGGAGGUCCAGGUUGGUUUAAGGAUAUGAUGUGGGUCAACUCAGAGGAUGGCAGGAGCAACUGUGCAGUAUACAGCAAAGGAGAACAUGUAUGGUGCUCCACAACAAAAAACAUUACGGAGGGAGAUGAACUUACUGCCUGUGUGGUGGAUUUGCACUCUCAUCUUCAAACACCAGCCCAAUCUCCCUGUGGUCAAGGGAUGUAUCCGGCCCGACAGCUGGACUCCAUCCAGCUUCUUCCUCAGCAAGCAGCCAUGGCAUCCAUACAGCCCGGUGUUAUCAUAAACAAAGACAUCUUCCCCUGCAAGGCUUGUGGCAUCUGGUUUAGGAGUGAAAGGAACCUCCAAGCACAUCUUAUGUAUUACUGCAGUGGGCGGCUAAGGGACCCCGAGAUGGCCACAGAGAAAAGCGCCAAUAUCAGCCAUCAAAUGCUCCGCAGUUGCACAUACCCACAAUGCAAUAUGAUCUUUGCAGGCUCCCAUGCCCUGGAAAUGCACUUAUCCACACAUAAUAGUCUCAAGUCAGAUGAGAACUCCAAUGGAGGCCAUUUGAAAUGCACAAUUUGUGACUACACUGCUGAAACACUUAUGGCACUCCAGCACCACAUUCUUACCCAUCUGUCCAACACUGGCCUGAAAUGUGGUCACUGCCACUUCACGUUCCAAACCCCCAGAGAAAUGACCAAACAUCAGGAAUUACAUGAUACAUGCAACACACCCACCAAAGAAGACAAAGCUGAAAAAUCUCAAAGUAUCCAUAAAGGCAGCCCUCCACAAUGUAGAGCUAAUUCAGACAUGAAAGACCUUCAGGAAAGUCCUGAAAGCGGCCCAUUAACUGAACCAGAAACCAUAGAAAGUGCCCAGACAUCCAUUAAGAGUGAGGGCAACUCAGGAAACAAGGCCAGUGUUUCAUUUUCAAGAGUGAAGUCGGAGCCUUCAAGUCCCCGUUUGGCCUCUUCACCAAUUCAACACCACAUGCCUCCUGCCUUUCCCAUACCUCAUUUCAUGCCACAUGUCCCAUUCUCACACGAUAUUACCGUGGGCCCACAGGCAUCUGAGAUUUUGGCCAAAAUGUCAGAGUUGGUCCAUCGCAGGUUACGUCACGGAGUGAACACUUACCCACCACUAAUGUACAGCACGCUUGUGCCUAAAGGGGCAACAUGCUUUGAAUGCAAUAUCUCAUUCAGUAACCUUGAUAAUUAUUUGGUACACAAGAAGCAUUACUGCAACAGUCACUGGGAACACACACCCAAGCUGCAUGAUUUUCCUGGACUUCUGGAUAAACCAGCAGGUGCUGUGAGUCCUAAACCUGGAGCUAGUUUGGCUGUUGUGCUAAAUGCUGGCCACCCCUCUGAGGUUAAAGGUUGUGAGUCCGCCCCUUGCAAUCCCACUGGAGGUGGAAAAGUUUUAGAUAAACUCUUAGGGCAGGUUAAGAAAUCAUCAACUCCCCCUGGUGCACCGGAGAAGCUUAAUGGCACACAGUUGGAUUUACAAAGCCCAAACAUGCCAUCCACAGAAAAUGACAUAGACCCCAACCAGACAACAUGUGAGGCCUGCAAGAUAACCUUUAGUCGACAUGAGACCUUCAUGGUGCAUAAGCAGUAUUAUUGUGCCACCCGCCACGAUCCUAACGUGAAGCGUGCUAACAAUAAAGGACCAGCCAAUCAGAAGACGCUUCGUGCACGUAAAAGAAGAAAGGCAUAUGAACUGGCGAAUCCUGAACAAGAACAGAUGCAUCCUAUGGGUGUGCCAUCGUUUUUUGGUAUUACCACUCUCGGAGCUCCAUACAUGACAAAAGGCACAGUGGAGAGUUUCAGAGACCCACAGAGAUACAACAUGAUGCAAGGUCUAGUACCCAAAUAUCCAGAGGCCUCACUGACGAUAACAAAAUCAGCUCUUGUCUCAAAAAGCCCUACAACAUGUAAGGAGGAAUGCGAUGUACCUAUAGAUUUGAGUAAAAAAUGCAUACCACAUUUUGGUAACACUACACUUUCACCCAAAGGCCUUUUGGAUUAUCACGAGUGUGCUGUGUGCAAGAUAAGCUUUAACAAAGUUGAAGACUAUCUUAAGCACAAACAAAACUUCUGCCCAGGCACCACUUUGCAAAAUUCGACCAUUGAUAACAAAAUCUGUGCAAACAUCAAAAAGGAAAGCCUGCAUAAUACUAGCAACCUCUCAGAGAAUGUUCGCUUUGAGAUCCCAGCCUUACAUGUAAAAACUGAGAAUCUAAAUGCAGUGGCAUCAUCUGACAGUGAAGACCAUCUGAUCCCAGUAAAAGAUGACCCGAAGAGCCUGUGUCAGCCCUCGAGCACUAAGAAAAUGAAACCAAAUGAACAAAUCUGGCCAUACUAUGAAAUCAAAACCACAGAUUACGCGACAGGGAUGCUUGUCACACAGAGUGAACCAAGACAAAGUCCUAAUGAAGGCAGUGAGGGGGAAAAAGAUCAGCCGAUGCCUGACGGUAGCCAUCUGAGCACAGAUGAGAACCAGGGCAAGAUGUCAUUCAUAAAUGAACUUAAUGACAAGUCAGGAGACACAGAGAAUAAGCACAGUUCUCUUGCACCAGACAUUCACACAGACAGACCCAUCAGCUAUAAGGAAAGAACCACUUUGAUGCCAUCUCCACAAACCGAGGAGGACUCGACAAGCUUCAAGAAAGUAUUGACUGGGUCCAUUGCGGCCACUAGUAAUGUUAAGUACUGCCGCCCAUGUGACAUCCAAUUUAACAAUCUAUCAAAUUUUAUAACACACAAGAAGUUUUAUUGCUCAUCACACACAGCAGAGCAUGUAAAAUAGUUCUGAAAGCAUUCCACAUCAGUGCCAAAUGUUAGGAGCACUCGAUUUGAGCUAUAGCACAAAACUAGAUGUGUGCCCCCAAAUACAAGGUGGUCACAGAAAGAUACUCUCUCUCAGAAAGUGGUGGCUCUCAAAAUGUUUGGUGUGCUCAAAUUGUGUCUGGUGCUAAGAGUUCAAGAGAAUAGCCUUAUGACACAAAAUAUACAGUAUAAUAAUAGACAAGAUUUGUUAAGAGGGUUUGUACUAAAUCAAACUGAUGACACGUUGCAUUUUGUUUGAAAUUUAAAACCAUACCAGAUGCAACCAGUUUGAAAUAGUAUUCCUAAAUGACGAUUAUUUAUUACUUACGGUCUAAAACAGUUGGUUUUUAAUGUACAAUAUUUUUAAGUCCUUGUAAAGUCAACCUUAAAAAAAAUUCAAAGCACACUAUAAAUGUUAGACCAUACCCAUCAAGUAUCCCGUUUUACCCUUCUUUCCCGCCGUCCUCCCGUAUUAGUAUUUUCCCGUAAAUCACCCGUAUUUUAACCUGCGUUAUUAAAAAUAUAAUAAUGACCCAGGCAGAGAAAAAAUACAUUCCCAAUCUGAGCUCUGUCACUAGCCUUGCGAUAACUGUCAGGAGGUUAGCGUGUGAGUUCAGAUGAUGAGUGACAACGAAAAAAAUAAAACAGACGGAUGAUGGACGCUACACCAGAAGGAAUAGGAUGACGUUAGCCAACAGAACUGUUUGCGCUCUACUCUCAUGUAAAAUUAACCACUCUGGCCACGUUUUUCGUGGGCAGCCGCUAUGAAAACCAGCCAUUUUGUUGCAUUAUAGAAUACUCUCUAUACAAAGUCUGCAACAAAUUUCUACAACAUCUCACUAAAACAGCGAAGAAAAGUUAUGCGAAAUGAAAAGAAAAACUGUAAAUAUGAAAUAAAAAGAAUGUGUGGAAUAAAGCAAUGUUAAAUGAACAGAAAAUAUGCAAAUAAGUCUUAUAAAUAAAUGCUCUUCAUAUAUAUAUAUAUGAGGUGGUGGGACUGCUCGCGGUGGGCCCUGGAAAAUUUCCCUUAUUUUCCAAUCCAAAACUUGACAGGUAUGUGUUAGACAUGAAUUGCUGAAACACUCCACAAAGACUAUGUAGUAAAAAAAACUAUGUAGUACUGAAUUGCAGAAUUUUUGCAGUUUUUCACCAUUUCUUUUUUGAGAAUUAUUUGGGGUUAAAAUGGUGCCUUAAUGAUGCACUUGAGCCACUGUGCCUGGUCCCGCCCCUGACACAGUGGACACACCCCUAGCAUUUGAAAGCAGAAAAUUCUGUCUCAUUUUCCAAGAUUUUGAUAACUUAUUUUAUUUGGCGUUUUUUCCAUCAUUCAAAUUUGGCUGGGUGGUUAAUAAUAUCAAAUUUCUCUGUGGUGUGACACAUGCAGAACACAUUUAAAGGUGGAAUACGUAAAAUUUUUACCACUAGAUGGCACCAAAACACAAAACAUCAAAUGGCGUUGUUUAAUGACGCUCUGAAGCAGCGUGGAAUUAUGGGAUUUGUAGUCUUUAACUCAACCGCUGAUGGCCAUCAAUCAGACGCGAACGAGAAAUCAUGUUGACGGAUAAGGUAAUCAAGUCUUAUAAAUGUUGCGUUUGAUGACAUUGUUUAUUUCAUUAUGUGUGAUGUUCAAAACUGCUAAAUUGUUAGUCAUAGAUGUUACAGUAUUAGGCCAAAUUCAAUGGUUAACAACAGCACAGAAUUAAGUUUUCAACUUACAAUCUACAAUGAUUUUUCACAUAAUGUAUUGACAGUACAAAUCUUUUGUUAAGUGUCUUAAAAUGACCAUUUAUAUUGCUUUACAAUACCUCUUGAUGUGCAUAUCGUCCACGGGAAGACGCGCUUAUUACAGUCUACACACUAAUGUUGGGAUCAAUAUAAUAGCAUAAGUUUUUUGAAGAGUUACGAAUCAAAACAACUCACCCAUCGCGUAAAACACAAGCAGGAUCAGAAUCUCUGUCUAGUUAAAUGUUGUCGCGAAGCUCUCUCCAUAUAGAUAAUGCAACACCAAAUUGUUCCUCAUUCUUUCUCUCGUUUUGUUCCAAACUCUUCUUGGGUCGUUUGGUUGGCCCGUACGCUUACGGGAGCUGUCUUUGCUGACACAACCAGGGGCAGACGGUAAAGAGUAAUCCAUAAGUCCAUAAGCAAGCGAGUAGCCCGACAGGCGCUAACGCAUAGUUACGCAUUUGUCCACGACACUGGCUGCGUCUGAAAACUCAAGGCAGUGACUUGUUGCCUCGCUGCCCCAUGAGGCGAUGACUUCGGGGGCCUGAAGGCAGCUCAGAGAAAGGCUUUCAGGCGCACUUCAAAGGCAGCGUGUUUGAAAUAUAAACAGAGAGCGCCUUUCUGAUAACUAAUCACAUAUUUGAAAACUACAAUACUAAUUUCUUGCUAGAAAUGCAAUUAAAAUGUGUAAAAAGUGAAAAUAUACCUUUAUUUACACUAAACUUGUGCUCCAGUCACUUCCUUGGCCGCCAUUUUAUUUUUUCGAACUCGACCACUGUUGUCACGUGGUUUUUACGUCAGUAAAGGCGGUGACAAAGGCUCACGUGGAUAUUAACGUCAUUGACAGGAGACUGCACUGCCCCGUGUCAAUGUUUUGAAUGGCAAUUUUCUCACGAUUUACAAGUAGUUAAAAACAUUACAGCUAUUGAUAGUAAUCAGCUGGACAAAAUAUAUAACACUGGCCUAGUGGUUUUUGGACAUUUUACUGCAAAUAUCUUACAAAUUGCACUUUUAAUAUCAGACUUUACAGGACUUAAAAAUAUGUUUUGUGCAAUUUAAGUGCACUUUAACAGUAGGGUGGCCAUUCGUGCCAGUUCCACCGGACACGUCCUAAACAUGUUUUCGGGUUCUUUCUCCGGAAGUCGCGUUGGUCGACCGCAUACGUCAUCAAGGUUUAAUAUUUCGGGUUUCAUUUCAGAAAAGCAACUGUUACAUUUCAAGGUAAGAAUGAAACUACAAUGAUUGUAUGUCUUAAAAGAAAUACAUCUUCAUUUUCUAAUGUAUUUUAACUGAAAUGUGAUGACGUAUGUGGUCGAGCAACACGACUUCUGGAGAACGAACCCGAAAACAUGUUCGGGACGUGUCUUGCGGAACUAGCACGAA